CCGUGGCAAAAUCAACGCGUUGAGAACAAUUUCCUGCAACAGUUCUAAGACUUUGAACCAACCCCGUGCUGCAAUAACAAUACACAAAGACCACGAAUAUCAUAACAACCGGGGUGCUAUCAGCCAACUUGUCUUUUAUUAAACGGACUCUCGUUGCUUAGAAACGAAAUACUUUUGCUAUUCGUUCAAAAAAAUGUUAAUAUCACUCGGAAUGAGCGAUGAUUUAUGUUUUGUUUACGUCACAAGAGUAAACACAGGCUGUGAGAAUAUAUAAGACAAUUCCCACGAACACUUCUAAAAACAGUGAAACAUCACUCGUUUGAUCUUGGCAUUGAUUAUCAGUAAUAUAAUCAAUUGCUUAUUUUCAUUGGAAGGAACAAUGCCAAAGAGGAAGAAAUCAUCCUCAGACGAUUGCCAUCCAGAGCAGGAGAGCAACCACACCUAUGGCGAUCAGUUGAGAAGCUCAAGGCAUUUCCAGCGUGAUCCCUACCAUCUCCGAGCACGUGUUAACAAGUUCUACAAAAAAGGAGAAUUGCUCGGGCAAGGAGGAUAUGGCUCUGUCUACGCGGGGACCCGAUUAUCUGAUGGACUGCCAGUGGCCCUCAAAUAUGUUAAUAAAGAUGAUGAUGAGGAAAUGCAGCUGCCUGGAAUGGAAAAGCCCAUGCCUAAGGAAGUCGGCCUGUUUCAGAUGGUGAACACCCCAUCGACUCAUCCCAGCAUCUUGGAACUCUUCGACUGGUUUGACAGACCUGCUUCCUAUGUAAUGGCAAUGGAGCGCCCGGACCCCUGCAAGGACCUGUUCACCUACUGCCAGGAACAAGGGGGUGCGCUGGAUGAGGACCAGGCACGCAGUGUAACCCGUCAGCUGCUGGGGGCGCUAGAGCACUGUCAGAACAACGGAGUGCUGCACCACGAUGUGAAGCCCGAGAACAUCCUUAUACAGACCGACACGAAGGAGAUCAAGCUGAUUGACUUCGGGUGUGGGGACCCACUGAAGGACACCCCAUACACAGAAUUCUCAGGGACCCCCGAAUACUUGCCAGUUGAGUGGUUCCAGAAAGAGCAGUUUCUGGCGGGCCCUGGGACUGUGUGGUCAGUGGGUGUGACUGUAUAUAACAUCGUCACUGGCGACCAUCCCUUCAGUACCUACACCAGCAGGGAAAUGCAGAACGUGGAGUUCUGUGCAGGGGUGUCACCAGUGAUCAAGAACUUCAUUCGGUGCUGUUUAAGGCCCCGGGCAAACGACCGGCCCACCCUGGCGCAGCUACAGCUCCACCCCUGGCUCCAGCAGUCCAGCUGAGACACUGCAGUACAGCGUGUGGAUGCGCCCCACAGUCAGGUAUUUAGUUUGCACACAAUGGGAAA